AUGGCAGCCUUCACGGGCACAAAAUCCAUCAACCAAGGUGGACACGAAUACGAACUAGGGAAAACGACAGGAGAGUCGAAAGAGCCACCCAAGCCCUCCAAGAAUGGCGGCGGCGGUCACGGUGGGAUCGGAGGGCUUCUGGUAGGUCUUGCCAAAGCAGGCAAAGGUGCAGUCGAUGGUGUCUCUAAGGCACGCAAUGAUGUUUUCAACAUGGCUUCAUCUGGUGCCGCCGCUGGUGGAGUCGCUGUCGCUGGCACUCUGACGAACGCUGGUAACGAGGUCAACAGCCUUGUAUCUUCUAUCAACGGCAUUCAGCAAUCUAUGCCUACCGAUAAGCUCACCCAAGAUGGGUUGAAGACCGUGCUCAAUGCACAGAACCUUGGCAGAGAAGCUUCCAACUGGCUCACUUCGACUGCCAGCUUGGUGAAAGGUCUCCCAGAUGAUAUGAAAGAACAAGUGUUUGACAACAUCAAAGAUUAUGCCAAGGAAGGCGGACAGUUGCAGAAAGCUGAGAGUGCGCUGGAGGCUUUCAAAGACUUUCCUUGGGAGAGCGAGCUUCCACAGUCACAAAUACCUUCGGUGACUCAGAAUCCCACAGCUUCUGCUACGGAUCGGCCCAGCGGUACUAGCAUGUCAACAAAUACGGCUUCACAAAGGAGUUCAGAAGGUCAAACCACUACAACGGACCCAACGUCCUCGUUGUCCCAGCCAUCCACCGAGAGUUCUUCCAGUACUAGUAGCGAAAGUGCUUCGGCUACUCUUUCUCCAGAAGAGUACAUAGUUCUCUCGCGAGAAGGGACUGAGUCUCGAGCCUUCGAUGACUUUGUUCAGAAGCUCGAUGAAGGGGUCGGACACCUUUGGUCAUGGAAAACUACGAAGACGCAAAUGUACGUGACCAAUCUUACGUCUAAGCAAGCGCAAGAGCUUCCACAGCAGCAUAAGUUUAUCAAAUCCGUCAGCCUCUGCGGCGGUCAAGAUGAAAAGUACGACGGUAGCAUUGAAGAGUUCCGCGCUGUGGACCAACGGGCCCAACCAAAUUUAGCCAGAGAGCCAGAUUCGGCUGAGACCUUGGCAAAUGCCUCCCGAACUUGGAAACGGGCAAUAGUAUCGGAUGAAGCUGCACCGUGGUGGAAAAGGUUGAUUUCAGCAUCCGAGAGAGAGCGGGGUCGAUCAUUGGACGACCUCCCCUAUUUGGCUGACGAUUCCGGGGGCAGAGGGACCACGAUAUACGUACUAGAUGACGGGUUCGAUCUCAGUCUCGAUGACCUCGCAGCGGAUGGCCGCACUGUGGAAACGAGUUUUACUCCCAAUGUUCUUACAUUGAAAGACAUCCUGCCUGAGAAUCGCCUCCCAGAAGGCAUAGGUGGUGGUCCACACGGAACGAUGUGA